GUGAAGGGAACGCCAUGCCCGGUGGAGAUCAGGAACCAGGGCGCUAUUACGUGGGUGUGGAUGUUGGGACAGGCAGCGUCCGUGCGGCUCUGGUGGACCAGAGGGGCAUCCUUUUGGCCUUCGCAGACCAGCCAAUUAACAAGUGGGAGCCUCAGUUCAACCAUCACGAGCAGUCCUCUGAGGACAUCUGGGCCGCAUGCUGUGUGGUCACAAAGAAAGUUGUGCAAGGGAUCAAUUCAAAUCAAAUCCGAGGGCUUGGGUUUGAUGCCACGUGUUCUCUGGUUGUUUUGGAUAAGCAGUUUCGUCCUUUACCAGUAAACCAUGAAGGGGAUUCCCACCGAAACAUCAUCAUGUGGCUGGACCACCGAGCAGUCAGUCAGGUGCACAGGAUCAACAAAACGCAGCACAGCGUCCUGCAGUACGUCGGGGGUGUGAUGUCUGUGGAAAUGCAGGCCCCAAAGCUUCUGUGGCUAAAGGAGAGCUUGAGAGAGACUUGCUGGGAUAAGGCGGGGCAUUUCUUUGAUCUCCCAGACUUCUUAUCGUGGAAGGCAACAGGUGUCACAGCACGGUCUCUCUGUUCCCUGGUGUGCAAAUGGACAUACUCAGCAGAGAAAGGCUGGGACGACAGUUUCUGGAAGAUGAUUGGUUUGGAAGACUUGGUUGCAGAUAAUUACAGCAAAAUAGGAAACCAAGUACUGCCUCCUGGAGCUUCUCUUGGAAAUGGGCUUACACCAGAGGCAGCAAAAGACCUUGGCCUUCCUGCUGGCAUUGCUGUGGCAGCCUCACUUAUUGAUGCCCAUGCAGGAGGACUAGGAGUGAUUGGAACAGAUGUGAGGGGGCACGGCCUCGCCUGUGAGGGACAGCCAGUGACGUCACGGUUGGCUGUCAUCUGUGGAACAUCUUCUUGUCACAUGGGGAUUAGCAAAGACCCGAUUUUUGUACCAGGUGUCUGGGGCCCUUAUUUCUCAGCCAUGGUUCCUGGGUUCUGGCUAAAUGAAGGUGGACAGAGUGUUACUGGGAAAUUGAUAGACCACAUGGUGCAGGGCCAUGCCGCCUUCCCUGAACUGCAAGCCAAGGCCACAGCUCGAUGCCAGAGUGUAUAUGCAUAUUUGAACAGUCACCUGGAUCUGAUUAAGAAGGCUCAGCCUGUGGGUUUCCUCACUGUUGAUUUACAUGUUUGGCCAGAUUUCCAUGGCAACCGGUCUCCCUUAGCAGAUCUGACACUGAAGGGCAUGGUCACCGGAUUGAAACUGUCUCAGGACCUUGAUGAUCUCGCCAUUCUCUACCUGGCUACCGUUCAAGCCAUUGCUUUUGGGACCCGCCUCAUUAUAGAGGCCAUGGAGGCAGCGGGGCACUCGAUCAGCACUCUGUUCCUGUGUGGAGGCCUGAGCAAGAACCCCCUUUUUGUGCAAAUGCAUGCGGACAUUACUGGCAUGCCUGUGGUCCUGUCCCAAGAGGUGGAGUCUGUUCUCGUGGGUGCUGCUAUUCUGGGUGCCUGUGCCUCAGGGGAUUUCACUUCUGUACAGGAGGGAAUGGCCUGUUGGAGACCCCUGGCUGUAUUCUCUGUUGCCAGUUACAACCAAGUUAUGAUUUCUGGGAAUACGUAUUCUGAGCUCCCAAAAUCAGCACCAUGUGUGGGUCCCAUGUGAUUCAACUGUACAAAGCCUUUCCCAGCCCAUCCAGAUGAGGAAGCAAAGUCAGCUUGUUUCUAAGUGGUUCUUGUCUGUUUCCAUCUCUUUUUAAACCUAGGAGGUCAGGAAGAAGAUGGAGAGAAAGAAUUCACGAGAGGGAUGCGUUUCCUUAGAAAUGUUAUUAAUUGGUGGGCAAAACAAGAGAAGGAAAUAAAAUAGCUACUCCUCACUAAGUAAAGGCAUCUUCUUCCCUUAUCUCAUUAAAAAUUAAAAGCACUCUUGGUUUAAGUAGGGCAAAUUAGUAAUUAAGUGCUAUAUAAUCAAGUUGUAUAAACAUAAUAUGGAAGAGGAGGCCAAAUUAAUCACUCCACUGGCUUGUUUUCGCCCCAUUAAUGCAUCUUUUCCCUGGGUCCUUCCUGUGAUGUCAGGAUGCAUUUUCUGCCAUCCUCGCCUGCUGGAGGUCGGGUGGGAGGUGAUAGCCGGGCU